CCAAUCCUAGUGGCUUCGCUGCUCGAUAUUUUUGGACGACGAAGUUCUGCCCAACCGCAGGCAUCGGCAUGCUUUUGCAUCAGAAUAGGCACGCGGCUAUUCAGAUGGUUACGCUGUAGAAAUGGCGGGAUGAAGUUGAUUUUGAGAAUGGGGAUGUCUGAAGCAGAGGGUCGGCGGUUGAGUGCUUGCUUGCGCGACAAUUCCGAUGUCACUUCACAUGUUGCCGAGGACCCCGUAUGUAUCGAAAUUUUCGUAUUUCUCAUUGACUAUCUGUUGUAGUGGUGUCCUCCUGAGGAUUUCCGUGGCCCUUUGAAGUCUCUGUUGCUAGGAAUGAAUCUGGUAAUUCAGGUGGAGUCGUUGGAAUUAGCUGAAAUUGAAUGUAAUCUAUCGAGACAUAUUGCGAAAGAGUGAGGCAUCAUUAGUUUACCUUAGGGAGGUGGUUGUGUCGAGAGUAGUUCAUAUUGAUCGGAAGGGUCGUCAUACAGUUGCUAGUGGUCGACAAUGGUUCUCUGGGAAGAAUUUCUCCCUGUGAAGUGGAAGGAAUCAGAGUCCACUUACGAGUGGAGCAAUGGACUGAGACGCGCUCUGGGGAGACUGUCCGAGGGGCCAGCCGUGAGCGAUGUGCGUAGCGGCGACACAUUCGCAAAUUUUCUUUUGCAAGUAGCGAACCCGGACACAAAUCGGGAUGGCGCUGCCGACGGCGUUGCUCACUACUUUAACGAGCGAGUGGAAUUCGCGCAGUCGAGCAUCUUCUUUGAGAAAACAUUGCCAGGAAUGGUGCAGCUCGUAUUGCGUCUCCCAGAACUCCUUCUUGAACAGAUUGAACAGAGCAAGAAGCUGGCUGAAAACUUCUCUGAAGAGCUGGCGGAUUCUAGAGAAUUUGAAAGUGCUGGGGUUAGUUUGCCAUUGCCUUUACAGAUUCUACAUCCUCAACAUCCCGGCAUCAUAUUUAUCACCCAAGAGUUAGCGGCAUCCAUUCUUUCAUGUGCGUUCCUGUGCUUAUUUCCUGUCUCAAAACGAGACGAGUACCGCCUGCCGGGAAUCAACAUGGAUACAGUGUUUGGAGGCAUCAGGGGCCGACCGAGCCAAGUCCAUAAGCUUCACUGCUUGGUUAACUACUUCAACCGAGUGUGCAAGUCGAUGCCACAAGGGAUGAUAUCUUACGAACGCAAGUAUCUUGCGAAUUAUAAGGCAUUGGAACCAGCAUUUUGGAUUGAUAACCACAAAUCUCUGUGCUCCUUUGAGACUCUGGAUCAGGGUAUGAUCGAGGACGUGGGAUGCGAAUACGCGCAAGUGGAUUUUGCAAAUAAGUUUCUCGGAGGUGGAGUCCUCCGCAUGGGUUGCGUGCAGGAAGAAAUUCGGUUCACGUUGAGUCCCGAGCUCAUUGUGGGAAUGCUCUUCCUGCCAGUCAUGACUGACAACGAGACUAUAGAGAUCACAGGUUCCGAAAGGUUUAGCAACUAUGCUGGCUAUGCUGGAAAAUUCCACUUCGCAGGAGAUUUUGUAGAUUCUACUCCGCAAGACGCUUGGGGUCGGCGUUACACUAAAAUCAUUGCCAUGGAUGCGAAGCCACGGCCGGGAGAGUCUCAGUUCCAGGAAAACGUUAUGCUAAGGGAGAUGUGCAAGGCUUAUUGUGGCUUUCUACUUACGGAGAAGGCGGAUUCAAAUGUCCUUCAGAGCAGUUGCGAGAGGACAAUUUAUCGAGGAAUUGCUACUGGGAACUGGGGCUGUGGGGCGUUUGGAGGAAAUCUUCCUAUCAAGAGCAUGCUGCAGUGGAUUGCAGCUUCAGAAGCAGGAUGGCCGACUGUCAAGUAUUACACAUUUCGGGAUCAAAGAGCAGAGCGCCUCCGUGAAGCCGUGCGAUGCAUUGUGGAGAAGAAUUAUGACAUAAGUCAACUUUGGGGUCUUCUGCUGAAGUAUGGGGAGUUGCGACUCUCCAAAAAAGUGGAAUGUGAUUUCUUCACUUGGUUGCUCGGGACUACACUUUAGAAGCUUUCACCGGAUUUUCGUUAUCAUGAAAUGCUAGGAGGGGAAAUCCUCCUUUUUCGGCGUCGUUUCUGCAACAUAUAUGACUUUAAGUGGAAAGUGAAUGAAGUGUUGCCUUAAUGAGAGCGAGCACAACUCUUGCCUCAACGUAGAGAUGUGGCGAAUCCAUUAGUUGAUUGAGUGCUAUGGCUUGCAUCGAAAAAGAUUCAGCCGUUAGCUCCAUUAGGAGCUGCGACACGUGCAAGACGUGAACUAUGCCUCUCAUUAUUAAAGUUUUCAGAGGUGUUCCAUCCGGAGUUAACUCUCUCGGAACGAAUAAUCCGUUUGAAGAA